UUGAACGACGCCUUUCUUCUUACCAUCUUCUUACCAAACUUUUAGUGGUGUCACAGCCCGACUGGGCCAGCCGAGAUGCAGCGAGCUUCUCCCAUCUGUUCAGCCUGUCAUGAUUGACGACAUCGACACUUCACUCCAAACACAGAACCAACAACUGGCGACGCCGCAGAAGUUUGUCUUGGACCAAGAUGCGAAGGAAGGCAUUGCUUAUGUGUCGAAACUCUUCACCAAUGAUCGUUUGUCCAGAGAGGCGUUCACCUUCCUUGCUCCAGAGAACUCCUCUGAGGACGUGAUCAUCAUGGACGGUGAGACCGUUGGCCGAUGGAUCCUCGAAGUGGGUCAUCGGCUUUUUGAGGAGGGAUCGCUUCCUGGCUUGCCUUCUUGGGAGCAGGAGGACUCGUCGCCUGAGUUGCGAGUUUCAUUGAAAGCUUGGGAAGAUGCUUUGUCUGUGCCAAUGGGCCCCAACUUUGCUGAGCUCGUGGAGAAGGCUUUCAAGCAAGCAGAAGCCGGCUUCUUCCAGCUUGGAAGGUUGGCACCACGACUCGCUGCCUUAAGAUGGUGCAGCUGCAUGGCGUGGGUGCGGUUCCGAACCCUGGCUGUCAUGGAGGCAGGUGGCAACUGUAGCAUUCCGCAGGGCGCUGCAUCCAGAGACGCUUGUGAGCAGGCAAAGCGUUUCAUCUUCAAAGCCUUGGACAGCGUGGUCUCGGAACCCAAAGUGCGGGUUCUCUUCGACUAUGACUUGGUGGGCGAAGGAGUAUGGCAUGGAGGGGGCAAAGAACCAUUGCCGGAAGAGAGCGAAGAUGAGUGGCAUCGACGUUCGUGCGAGUUUGACAUUUGCCGCAUAGCUCACCAGGUGGAGCGAGCCCCACCGGUGGAUGUCAAUGCAUCCAUGCCGAGGCUUUUGGUGAUGCAACCGUUCGGUACGCCGCACAAGCGUCUUCGGCUUGCGGAAGUCCCCCGAAUGAUCCUCGACAGAAACAAGUGGUACACGGAGGUUGCUAAUAUGCCGCUCCUGAACCUGUGUUCCAAAUCGGCUGUGGUAGGGCCAAUCCUUCAUAUGGAAGUGCCUCCUCCGCCCGAUUUUGACUUAGAGGAUCCUGAGGUUCGCAGCAAAGUUGAACGGGGCGAAGACUUGGGCAAAGCUGAACAGGAGGAUGGCCUUCCGGGUGCUCUUCAUGGUAGUGUUGGGCUGCUGUAUGCUGCAUUGGCAUUUGAGGAGCUGACUGUGCAUUUUCAUCCUGGGUCACUUUUGCUGGAAGGUCUGAUGGAGAUGUUUGUACACUAUGGGCCGAAGCUACGGACGAUCAGCCUUGCUGGCAAUGCUGGCUUCGUGAAUGAGGAUUCGCUUUCCCUCCUCACGCUGGCUGGGGACACAGUGAAGACGCUUGAUUUGGAAGGCUGCGACCUUGACCCAAGCUACUUGGAGGGCAUCCUCAAUACGGUGAAGAGCUUAAGAGCCCUCCAAGUCCUGGAUCUUGCAGGGAACAAACUGGAUGGGCCGACAGCCUUAAAUUUGGUCGCAGCGCUAUGUGACAAUCGCAUUGACCUCGACAUACUUCGUUUGGACGGCAACCCAUUGGGGACGCCGGAGGUUUUCAAAAACGAAGUGGCGACCUUGCUGGCCACAAGAGGGGAGUCCGUGGUGGCUGGUGGCGAUUUGGUCUUGCACCUAGGUGAUGACGCUGUGCGUUGGUGUGCCACACCCAAAGAUGGCUGCUUGGCCUGGCGUCUACGUGAGGAAGGUGGUGAUGUGGUGCGGACCACCUCUUUGAAGGAGAUGGACCGUAUGGUUGCGCAAACAGAGGUCCAGCUCCAGAGGUGGGAGGCAUCUGACCCCCGAGCGGCCAAAAGUGCCGGAGGAAGGGAUUGGCUGCGACGCAAGCGGCUCCACAAUGCGCGUGUGUGGAGCUCACCAGGAUUGCGCUUCUAUCGGAAGCAGCGGACAUGGCUGGCCAGUCAGAAGGACUAGGAGUUGUGAUUUGCCUGUGGUGCCACAGUUGGAGCGACCCUCUUACCAGCUUUGCAAUGAACCAAUGGACGAAUUUUGUUGGCUGCAUGUUUGUUUCCUUUUUGAAGGGUUUGCAACCUAUAGAUGUACAAACUGCUGGCAUGACAAAGACAUGCCAUUUGCCCUUUCCCUCAAAGCUGUCCUGUUGCAAAGCAACCGGAAGGGAAUCGCAAAUAGUAGGAUGGAACUUGAUGGAACAAAAGCUCAGUGAUUGUAUGCGGUUGGUAAAAAAAAGUAUAUAGAAGAAGUGAACUCCUUUGGCCAAAUAAGAUUGUAUUGCAAAACUGCUUCAUGUAGAGUUUCUGUCUGAAUCGCAAGAGCUCUACUAUUCUUGUAGCUUACAAUGGUAUGCUCUUGUCAUUUUCAACAUUUUCUACAGGUCCUGCGCGAAUCCCUUUUUAUCCCUGAAGCCUCAGAGUAGCUGAGUUUGGCUCGAUCUUUGAUCCUUCGCACGUCCCUGCGAUGGAGCUGGACGAUGUCACCCUCGCUGCGCUCGCUCAGCUGGCGGAGGCCACUGGCGGCACCUGGCUUGCCGAAGAGGAACCUCUUGAGGAGGACGACAGUCCGCCUGGAGUUGACGGCCCGGUGUCCGUUAAGCCUUCAAGUUUGAUCCAGGAGACCAGCUAUCAAUGCCUUCCGGAGUUUCCAGAUCUGGAGAAACGUGCCCCGGGAGCAAGUGGCAGCCGCAGGUGUCCUGGAGUAUUUCACAGCUUGGGCACAGCUGCAGUGUGAGUCCUCCGCUAUGGUUGGCUCAGCUUUUGGGGUAUGAUUUGAACACAUUUAAAC